AAUCCACAGGGUGACCACCUCUGGCACUGAGAACAUGGCUGUGGCCACUCAGGAUCAAACUGGCAAUGUGAGCCAGACCAAGAUGGAUUUUUGGGAUGGGAUGGAGUCUGUCUUCAUGAUGCCCAACAUCACCCCCACAGAGCGAAGGGCUGUCUGGAAUGCAGUGUCCAGAUACGUCCAACGGCAGCUCCUGCAGCACAAGGGGAUCAGAGUUCCCACCCUUGGCUCCUUCGAUGUGAUCCACACAGAGAUCCCCGUGGGGGACAGGACUGUGACUCUCCAGAGGCCAGUGUUCUACCUGGCCAGGAACCUCGGGGGAGUCUCCAAUCUCAUGGACAACAACAUUGACCUGACUGGGGAUAAGCCACUGGAGCCUCUCAAAUACGCCGAGGUGGCCGUGGAGGCCUCUGUGUCCCGGAGGAAAGCAGAGAGCUGCAUCCUGGGCACCACCUCCCUCCUGUACCACUGCCUGGCCAAGGGCGAGAGCGCCGCCUUCAUCCUCAGGGACGUGGGCGUGCUCCUCAUCGAGGGCAGGAAGGCACACAUGAGGUUCUACCCUGACUUCCUGGAGAAGAUGACUGGGAAGAACAUCCAGGACAGGGCUACAUUCAAGGUUCUCCAGCAGCUGGACCUGGUGGUGUCCCGGGACGUGCCCGUUGCUUCCCUGGCGUUCACGAGCCGCGUCCUCGUCUUUCCCGAGUUUGAACCGGCGAGUCUGCCCCUGUCACUGCUCAGGGACCAUCUCAGGGCCUGGAGAGACAUCCCUGGUGGGGACAAAGGGAAGCAAACAGAGAGUUUGCCAGCUGUUGGACGAGGCACGGAAGGGAGAUUCCCUGGCCUGGCCAUGCCUGCUGGCUCCACCACUAAGGCAGACAAGCAGCCCUGGCACAAGGGGGAUGAGGAGAUGAAGGACAGCUCUGGGGUCAGGAAGCUGCCAGUGAUCCCAGGGGCUGCUGCUGCUGGAAAAAAGCAGCCUGGGACUGACCAAGCCAAGGGCAAACCCACCCCCAAGGGCCAAGGGUCAAAGCAAAACCAUGGAGAGGAAAAAACCACUCAGAGGGGCAGGGCAGGAGGAGAUGGAGAAGUAAAAGAUCCUCUUGGAAGAGAAGGAGAAAAGAAAGUUUAUCUUGGAAGAGAAGGAGAAAAGAAAGAGCCCCAGAAGAGCAUUUUGGCAGGAUACAGGUUCGAGCCCUCCCUGUUUGUGCCCCCCCUGCACCCUGAGGGACCCCCAGCUCUGAGGUCCCCCGUGCUGAAGAAGACAGAGGUGGUGGCCAGGGGGCUGUGGCCAUGGAUGGAGUGA